AUGCAGGAUUUCACAUCGCCUGGCGUCAUUAUGAGGGAGCGAAGCUUCAUUCGCCCGCAGUCUCAUCAUAAUAUGCAUCACAACCAGUUUCCGCACAAUGGGAAACGGCGGAGCAUGAUCCUGACCAAUGCCAAGGGAAAGCCCACGCUUGAGAUCUACAGGCCUCCAGGCGUCCGCACAGACGGCGUGGCGGCGCCGGCGACGGCCGCCAACAGCACCGGAGCGACAACGGGCACCACCACGACGGCCGGCAACAAACUGAAUGUCCACGCUAAGGAGUUCACCAUGGCCAAGCCCGUCGACCUGCAUAAUAGGUCAGCGAUGGGCAUGGGGUACGCGGGCGUGGGCUUGCAGCACUCGCGGUCCGCAGUGCUGCAGGCGCAGGUGCCGCCGCACUACCGGCCCGUGCUGCCGCCGCACGCGCUGCUCAACAGCACCUCCAGCGGCAACGUGCCGCACGUCGCGAGCGGCCCGCGAGUGCACUUCAAACUUCAACCGCAGCAACUCGGCGAGAAAAAGAAGUCGCCGCCGUCGUCGCUGACAAACGGCAAUGGCAAGAGCAUCCGUCCGCAGUCGUUCACGCCCGGGCUCAAGCGCUCCAAGUCGCUGACGUCCGCGGACACGCUCGCCAGCGGUAUGGCUGCACUCGGCCUCGCUGCGGAUGCCGGCGACCUGGGUACAUUUCCGCCGGAGAUACAGGAGUGCAUUGACAAGGCGUUGGACGAUCCGAACUCUGUGGCGGCGCGCACGCUGAUGGAGGCGGUGGGGCACCUGGUGGCGCGCGCGGUGGAGUCACCGCGCUACGCGCUGCCGGCCGCGCGCCGCUGCAUCGCCGUCGUCGAGCGCGAGCACACCGAGACCUUCCUCGAGUCGCUGCUCAACACCUGCCAGCAGUGCUACCUCGACCGCGACAAGCUGCUAGGCGCGGUGGUGGGCGGCGGGCGGCCGCGGCUGAUGGCGUUCCUGUCGUUCCUGCUGGAGAUGUACUGCCAGCUGCGGCGCCGCGCCAUUCAGCGCCGCGGCGCCAGCGCGCAGCCCGGCCACGUGCUGCUCACGCUCAUCGCCAAGUGCUGCGAGGACUGCAUCCGCCAGCCCGUGCCCUCGCCCAGCGACGUGAGUGCCAAC